AUGCGGAAGGGCUCCGCAGGGUCCCGGCGCCCGCGGGCCGCGGGUUCGGGGCCCGGCCCGGUCCCAAUCCCGGUCCCGGUCCCGGUCGCGGUGGCCGCUGCCGGGCUCUGCCCCCGGCCCCGCCGCUGCCCGCGGCCGCUGCUGCCGCUGCUGGCGCUGGCGGCCGCCGCCGGGCUCCUCUACAGCGCCUGGCCCCGGGGGGAGCGGGAGCGCGACCCGCUCCCCCCCGCCGCGGCCCCCCCCUCCUCGGAGCGAUCCCUGCGGCAGCUCCUGGAGCGCUUGGAUCCAUCCCGGCUCCAGCGGCGCCUCCUGAGCCCCUUCCUGCGGGAGCGGGUGCCGGGGGGGCCGGGGAGCAGCGCCGUGCGCCAGCACAUCACCGCCUGCCUGGAGGCGCUGGGCUGGCACGUGGAGCUCGACGCCUUCACCGCGGCCACGCCGCGGGGCCCGGUCCCCUUCACCAACGUGGUGGCCACGGCGGCCCCCGGUGCCGCGCGGCGCCUGGCCCUCGCCUGCCACUACGACACCAAGGUCCUGCCGGCGGCCGCCCCCUUCAUCGGUGCCGUGGACUCGGCCGCCUCCUGCGCCGCCAUCCUCGAGCUGGCGACGGCCCUCGAGCGGCCCCUGCGCCGCGCCAGGGAGGAGGGCGCCGAGGCCACCCUGCAGCUCCUCUUCCUCGAUGGGGAGGAAGCCUUCGAGGCCUGGAGCGCCUCCGAUUCCCUGUACGGGGCCCGGCACCUGGCGGCGCGCAUGGAGGCCACGCGGCACCGCGGCGGCCCCGGCACCCAGCUCAGCGCCAUGAGCCUGCUGGUGCUGCUGGACCUGUUGGGCGCUCGGGACCCCGCCAUCCACAGCCACUUCCCCAGCACCCACCACUGGUUCCUGCGCCUCGUCCACAUCGAGCAGCGGCUGCGGCGCCUGGGGCUGCUCCACGCCACCCCCCAGGACCCCCCCUUCUUCCGCCUCAGCCCGGCCCCGGGGCCCGUGGAGGACGAUCACAUCCCCUUCCUGCAGAGAGGGGUGCCGGUGCUGCACCUGAUCCCGCUGCCCUUCCCUCCGGCCUGGCACACACCGGAGGACACGGAGCGGAACCUGCACCCCCCGACCCUCAUGGACCUCACCCGGAUCCUGCUCGUCUUCAUCACCGAAUUCCUGCACCUCUGAGCCCCCC